UGCUGGUCCUCCGCAGCAGCGUCACUCUCUGACGGGGUUCAACGUCACCGAAGAAAACAUGGCGGCGUCCAGUAAGUCGGCCGUGGUGCUGAAGGCUGUGAAGAAAAUCGCGGUUCAGUUUUGUCCCUUCGAGUCCAAUGUUCGCUCCACACGGGAGUUUUUGCUCUUUGUGGGCUCAGAAAAGGCUCGAUCUACUAACAUGAACUGUGAAGUGAUAACCACGGUGAAGCACGACAAAUCUGAACCUGUAGUGGACGUUACAUUUGUGGAUGGAGAACGGCUGCUGAUGAAGGGGGCAAAGUUGACCACCAGGGAGAUGCUGAGUGCAUUUCAGUCCCGCUGCACAGCAAAGGACCCACAGGCAAAAGCUGGAGUGAAAAAAUGACCACGUUCUGUUUCUGCCUGUUGAAUUUAUUUGUAUUUAUCCUGUAUAUUCUUUGACAUGUUCAAUAAAAACUAUUUCACUGGUAA